AUGGCGGGACCUCCAGGGGGCAAUUUGAGCUCAACAGAUUACCUGCAUGGGUCAGGAACAGUUUCCGUUGCGAAUAAAAUGAAAGAUGCUUGUUCCACCGGCCACGUUUAUCCUCUCCGAUCACGUCUUCGGCGUGAGUCUAUGCGCCGUCAGCUUCAUGCGAUGCAGUGUGCACCAAAGGCCUUUGAUGAGCUCCCCACCGAAGUCCUUUUCCGUAUCACGCAUUAUUUGAGUAUCCAGGACGUCUUCCGAUUGCAGUUGGUAUGCCGACGAUUGAAGGCGAUAGUUGAACGAUACCUGCUGUUAGUUAAACGGAUCAAUUUUAGUAAUGGCUUGCCGUUUGCAUUUCUUCCUGAAUCCAUCAACGAUGUCGCAUUGAAACGUAUACUCAGCCGUACUCCAGAGGUGACCCACAUUCUUGGCUUCUAUCCCCACCAGAUAACCGGCUCUUAUCCCUCCGACUGUCACAGUCUUGGUAGCACUCGUAUGUGUUCUAACACCUCGCUCACCUACGCAGGCAUCAUCUCAGCGUUUCGUAUUUGUCCCAAACUUCGUUCUGUCGAACUGAUGGACGUUGAGCUAAUGGGAAAGUUGGUUCAUUAUCUGCCACGUAUCAAAUUUCAUGGUAUGUUCCGUAACCGACCAGAUUCAUGGGAUUGCGAAUACGCCGUUCCUUUACCGUCCGAAGACAGUCGGUUGACUGUUUCCCAAUCUCAGUCUGGCUUUGAAACGCGGUCUGAUAUUGAAGCAUUAAGUGCACACCAACCGGACGAUCAGACAUCUCAUUCUUUGGCUUCCAACCGGCCAGUUCUUGGUUGCCACGCGAGUGCCUUUUUUUGCUCUUUGACAGCGGCCUCUGCUGCGAUUUCUUCUACGUCCAAGUGCAAACCGUAUGAGCUCCUCAGCGCGGCUGACAUCAAGCGACUGGCUAACAAAUGUCUUUCAGCCCACCGAUCUCCCUCGCGACCAAACUCCUCACAUACUAGUCCCACUAAGACCCCAUCCAAUAUGCACUCAUCACUUCCGCUAUCUGCCUCUGUUUUUGCCCACAAAUGUGCUGUGAAACUGGCGGGCCUGGCCACUUGGUUUGAACCAGCCGGUGAAUCCCCACUCGGUCAAGGUUCCCCUUCAACUGUCCCACACUUUCUUCCUACCCGAUCCGUAUCCUUCGGCAAUAAUUUGCUACCCUGGUAUGAUCAAGCCAAUCUACAACCUGUUCCACCCCAUGCCAAUGCAACAGGGGGCCUGGAUGCGUUUCGUAACAUAGCGAUGGCUCCGUACAUUCAGCCGGGACUGCCUCCUAUCGAAGCGGAGCUAAUAGCGGCCGCUCCUAUUGGGCGUGACGGAGUUUCAAACAAUCAGGCUGAUGGAGCUCCGGUUGCUCUUAAUAAUCAUGGCCCCGUUAUGGCUCUGGCUUUUGGUGCUGUAUUCAUCUCUCCUCAUUUGCUCGGACAUGUAGCUUUGGGAGGAGCAGCACCGGUAUUGCUGGCUCAACCGUCCGGUGGGGUUAUGGACGGCUUAGUAUUGGCCAAUCAAAAUCACGGCAACCGUCGUCGCAUGGAUCCUCCUCAGGCCCGUCAUCACGUUGCAGGUGGUGCCGCUCUGCCUGCUCGACAGGAUGAUCGCAAUCCUAUCCCGGCAGCAAACAGACCGGUCGAGGGGCGUCCCGCAGCUCAACAACAGCCUUUCGUUCCGCGUGCGGCACAGCGUGUUCCAGUUCGACAUUUUGUACGACAACUGUACUCAAAUCAGGGUUCCUUGAAUUCCCACGGCCCUUGGCUUGUUUCACCGCUGCCAAAUCAUUCCAGCUGGAUUGGACUUCCACACACAAUUACAAAUUUGACCAAGCUUGAUUUGGCGUCGGUCGCCAUCAGUGCUAUACCACGUCUGGACAACAUAAAGUAUUUGCAUCUCAAAUGGGUGGUUUUUACUUCAGCUGAUCCGUUUGCCAACUUCUCUGCCUCCAAGCUACAGUCAUUUGUCAUGAAUAACUGUAGUGGUCCCUCACGGGUGUUCCGCUUUGUUCGAAUUUUCUAUGCUCUGGCACGCGCUCCACAACUGAUGCGCUUGGAACUGGUUGGAACACGCUUCGUGGGUAAGUCGUUAAUCAGGUCGUCUCCUGUCUGCUGA